AUGGGGGAUGCCGGAGCCCACACGGCUCCCACGCCCGCUCUGUGUCUGCACAGGGGCAGUGACAGUCCCGAGAGCCCCCCUGUCCCCCCGGGAGAGGCUCCUGGCCCCAGGCAGGGCGCGGGGCCAGGCUGGGCUCGCUCCCCCCGGCCGGGCCGGAUGACAGAUGCCUGCGGUGGAGGAGAACGUGCUGCAGCCCCCAACGCCAGCCUGGAUGACUCCGACCCGGAGCUGUACUAUGAGGAAGAGGAGUCGGAGUCCUCGGGGCCCUCAGAGCCCUCGGACAGCAGCAGCAUCUUCUCUGAUGACUCCGUCUACCCUUGCUACGAGUCCUCCGCGGAGGCCGACGGCGCCGGGUUCCUCACCCUGUACCAGUGCUGUGCCAGGAAUGAUGCCAAGCUGGUGUGGGACAGGCUGGAGUCUGGGGUGACCCGCAGCGAGGCCACGGAGCUGGACAUCAACGGGAGGAACGGGCUGAUGCUCGCCUGCGCCAAGGGCUUCGUGGACAUCGUGCCACUGCUGAGGAAGUGCCCCUACAUCAACGUCAACCAGCAGGACAACGACGGCAACACGGCCCUCAUGAUGGCAGCCCAGGCAGGACACAUCACCAUCGUCAACUACCUCCUCAACUACUACCCCGCGCUCGAGGUGGACCAGCGGGACCCGCGGGGGCUGACGGCGCUGAUGAAGGCUGCGGUGCAGGGCCGGGAGGACUGUGUCACCGCCCUGCUCCUGGCGGGGGCUGACCUGAAAGCGGUGGACGCCGUGAAGGGGAAGACGGCCAGGGAAUGGGCAAAUUUCACCGGCCGCUUCGAGACCACCGUGAGGAUCCGGACCCUCCUGCGGCGCCCGCGGGCGGAGCAGUUCGGAUCCCAGUACCGGCCCGAGUGGCCGGCCCUGGCCGAGCUGGUGGCCAAGGCCCUGAGCCCCAAAUCCAGGAGCAGGAGGCUGCUGGAGAAGAUCUGCUCCAUGUUCACCUGCAGCAUCCCCUGCAACCCCCAGGAGGACGGCGUGAUGGACCACAUGGUGAGGAUGACCACGUCCCUGGCCAGCCCCUUCGUGGCCACCGCUUGCCAAACCGUCUGCCCCGACAGCCCGCCCGAGGUGGGCAAGCGCCGGCUGUCCGUGCCGGAGAUCCUCGGGCAGCACGUGCCGGACCCGGACGCCGACUCGGAACUGUCCUCGCGCCCCAGCACCGGCGCGUCCUCCUGCAACGGCCAGGCCGUGACGGAGGUGCCGCCGCCGCGCCGGCCGGGCCACCGCUUCCUGCGCUUCCUGCCGCUGUGGCUGCGGCGCGGGAACAGCAUCUUCCCCCUCGGGGAGCCCGUCCCCAGGAUCAAAGUGAGCAAGCCCUCCGGCCCGGCCCCCGACGCCAGGGAGCAGAAGCCGCGCGUGAAGGACAAGCACCUCCUGAAGCCGCCCCAGUGGAGGUACAAGGCGCUGAAGGAGGAGAAGAGGGCGGCCGAGGAGGCCAAGGCCAACGGGGAGGAGAAGGAGAAGAAGAAGAAGAAGAAAAAGAAAAAGAAACGCUAAGGCAGGAGGUGCCGGGGUGGGGACGAGGUCCCCGCUGUCCCCUUGGACCUGCUGGCUCUUGUGGCACAGGGAUGGUUUCCUUCCUGGCGGGACGGGAAUGCCCAGGGGAGGAGGGUGAUGUGGGCAUACGCACCCAGCUGAGAUGUCCCCAGUGGUCCCUUGUCCUCUCUACCUUGAGGGUGACCAUCCCAGUCCAGCGCUGGUCAUGCUGGGCACCGACGUGCUGAGACCCUGGCCUGGGCUCUGGGAGUGCCAGGGAGCAGGACUGUGGCACAAGUUGCUCCCUUUUCUUCCUUUUUGGUUUGUUUUUUUUCUUUUUUUUUUUUUUUUUGGCUCUUUGAUCUUCCCGAGCUCUUGAUUCCGCAGCGUGUGUUGGAAUGUGGCUGAGCAAAUUAAAAUGGAAGUGGUUGCCAUGUUAACAGGAUUGAUUCCAUGAAUAAAGCUCAGGGUUGCUUGUGGG